AUGAAUUCUUCUUUUUCUCAGAAAUUUUUUCGUACCUUUGGUCAAAAACGAUUUUACUACAGGCCUUGGAUAAGAAUAGAAAAUGUUCGACCGACGCCUUUGUGGAAACCAAUAACUUUUGCAGUUGGAACAGGAUCAGCUACCUUUUACGUAGCGCAAUACUUGGACAAGCAAAAACAGCCCAGUGCAUGGAGUUCACGAAGUCUUAUUGAUCGUAGAUCAAAUCGAAGCGUCAUUUAUUCAAUUAUAGGUAUAAACGUGGGUAUAUUCGCUUUAUGGAGAAUCCCUGCAUUUCACAGAGCCCUUGAAAAAUACGCUGUAAUGAACCCAACUUUCGUAAACUUACCCUCUAUUAUUGUAUCCGCGUUUAGCCAUCAAUCGGGUUGGCAUCUACUUUUCAAUAUGAUGGCCUUCUAUUCUUUUGCUCCAGCAAUCCUUGAUGUUUUUGGAAAAAAUCAAUUUAUUGCAUUCUAUACUUCGUCAAUACUGUUCUCUAACUUAGCUUCGUUACUCCAUAAUCGUUUUCGCUACGGCGUUAGGGCGCACCCAGGAUCCCUAGGUGCUAGUGGAGCCGUAUACGCUAUUGCUGCUGCCACAGCAUAUUUUUUCCCAAAUGCUUCUGUCUCCAUUAUUUUCCUCCCUUUUAUUCCUAUCAAAAUUGGUGUAGCACUGCUGGGUUUAAUGGCCUUUGAUACGUGGGGCCUUGUUUCUAGAAGAUUUGCCCAAUACACCUUUUUUGAUCAUGCAGCUCAUUUAGGAGGAGGCGUUUUUGGUUGGAUUUACGCAAAGUAUGGUUACUCUGCUUAUAAUCGCUCAGUCCAUCCUCGUCCACCCCCUUCUUCUAGACACUCCUUUUCUAAAGUUAUAUCCUUUUAA